AUGGAUAUGUUGCCACACUCCUUUCAAUUCUCAGUGGUGACGGGAUGCACGGACGGGAUCGGACUCAGCUACGCGAAGGAGCUGGCGCGGCACGGGAUGAAAAUCGUUUUGAUCAGCAGGAACCCCAAGAAGCUGGAAGCUGUGGCUGAGGAUCUAAAGAAGGAAUUCAACACAGAAACCCUCAUGAUACCAGCCGACUUCACGGAGCUGAACAUAUACGAUGGGAUAAAGGAGAGAGUGGCUGGCCUGGACGUCGGUGUCCUGGUGAACAACGUCGGGAUGCCGAGCGACCCCCAGCCCUUCCUAGACGUCCCAGAGGGCGAGAAGACGUAUCAGGACAUGCUCCUGGUCAACAAUCUGUCCAUGGUCCAAAUGACGAAGAUGAUCCUUCCCGUGAUGGUGAAAAAGAAAAAGGGGGUCGUGAUGAAUGUCUCCUCCCUUGCUGGCGUCUCCCCUCUUCCUUUCGUUGCGAUCUACUCCGCAACAAAGGUACAGUGGUACCUCGCAUAACGAACGCAAUUCGUUCCAGCGGUACACCGCUGGAACGAAUUGCGUUCGUUAUGCGAGGUACCACUGUAUUUACACCUUUAUAAGCCGAAAAGUAAGUAUACUUACCGCUAAAUGUUUUCCCGGAAUGCAUAA